AUGCAAUACAUUCUGCACGCACCCCGAAGCAGCAUCGUCUUCUCCACCAUCGACAGUUCAAUAUCGCGCUUUCUGCGGCGCCAACACAAGUGGGCCGGCUUCAAAACCGAGCGCGACACGCUGCCGGAGUACAUCAGCGAAUCGUGUAUACGAGAGCUUGAUGACGGAGAAGUUGAGAUUGACGAUGAAGCCCUGAAUGGCAAUCGCCUGUCCGAAGAGAUAAGGUCUUUGCUUAUACGAGAUGGUUUCCUAGAGCCAGAUUUCCGCUUUGUUGGGCGCUUGGUACACCCUAGAAUUAUGGAUACCGCGCGCAGUAAUCGAGAAUCUACUAAAGCGAGAGUUGAAAGUUGGGAUGAAGAUGGCUUGGAUAGACGUAAAAACUUACUCUAA